GCGAUUUUUGCUCUGUAGGUCAUGGUUCGUCUGAUAACGAAAUUAUUUGUUUUGUUUUCUGGUGGAUUAUAAAUCAUUGACACGUUGUAUUAGAUUAAAAAACCAAAUGACCAAUAAUAUUGACAUUGUGUCAGCUAUCCAUUGUAAUCAUCCAGAAAUAAAGUUGACUAGAUCAAAUUCUGAUGCACCUUGCAAAUCAAGACGCAGAGUUCGUUUUCCUGAAGAUGAUAAACUUAUAUCAGAUUAUUUAGAACCAUUCCGAUUAGUCCCAGAUAAUUGUUCAAGUGAAGAACUUCAGGCAGCUUACUGUUCUUCGUGUUUUGAGCAUAGAAUAACUCCUAUAAAUUUUUUGUUAGAACAAAUAAAAGGCAUCGAUUUAUCGAUUUGCAAUGAACGUUACAGUCGUUUAAGUCUAAGAGGUAUUCGUUUAAAUCGAUUUCAUAUUGAAACAAUGGAGGCAAUAUUUCAACGUGCACAUUUCAGAGUAAUCGAUUUAGAAAAUACAUUUUUAGACGAACAGUCGGCUUCAUCAUUAUUUGAUAUGUUGUUGCAUUAUGAAAGUUGUACAGAUUUAAGUAUCAGUUUAAAUUUAAACAAAACUCUUCCUAGUCAAGCAUGGAAUCGUUGUGUUAAUUUCAUGCGUAAAUCAUCGGCUUUACGUCGUUUCACUUUAAGUCAUACACCAUUACGUUUGGAAAAUUUUUAUGGUUUAAGUUUUUAUGGUCUAUGCUUGGAACGUUUACAUUUUAUUGAUUGUAAUUUAACUGGUCAAACAUUAUGUGGACUUAUGCAAUGGUUGUAUAUCCUUUUAAGUUCCACAAGUUUAUAUCCAACAUCAACAACACGUGAUCGAUUGAAUCAUUCUAGUGGAGGGCAUAAUAAUAAAGUUCGUAAUUGGCGACAUCGAAAUCGAUCAUAUUCCACUACGACGACGACUAGUACUAGUACUACUUCAGCAUUGGAUUUAUCAACUACUACAAAUACUACUACUAAUAAUAAGGAUACUACUAAACCUUCUAUAUGGGAAUUAAAAUUAGGUUUAAUGAAUAAUAAAUUAAUUAGUUCAGAUGUUGAAGCACUCAUACCUGUAAUUCGUCAUCAAUUAUUAAUUCCAAGAAUUGAUAAAUCUGCAACGGUCCAAUUAGAUGAAGGUUAUCAUGAUCAUAAUCAAAAUCAUAAUCACGAUAAUAAUGAUAACGAAAAUAAUUCAUCCGAUAUACUUGUCAGCAAGAAUUCACAAAUGAAAUCUAUACCAUUCAAAAAAUCCAUCUCAAUGUCAUCAUCAUCAUCAUCAUCACCGUUGUGUGAUGGUGAUUGUCUUCCAGUUGGUGGGAUUGGUUAUUUAUCUGAAUUGAAUUUAUCGCAUAAUAAUAUUGGUGAUGAUGGUUUAAAUAUACUAUGUACUGGAUUACUUCAGUCGUAUCGAAAUCGUUUACGUGAACGUUUCUCUGCUACAUUAUUAAAUGAUCAAGAAAUUCUUGACUUAACAACAACCAUGUCAACAACAUCAACAUCAUCGAUUGAAAAUUCCACUGCUGAUUGUACACAUACACAAUCAAUACCAAUGAAAAUUUACAGUUUAGAACGUCUUUAUCUUAUUGAUAAUAAUUUAAGCUUACAUGGUAUGCAAUCAUUGGCUAUUGUAUUAAUGCAAACACCAAAAUCAUUAGUUUCUAUAAUUGGUGGUUUAAUCAGUUUAGAUUUAAGUAAUAAUCCGAAUAUUGGUGAUAAAGGUGUGGAAUUAUUAUGUGAAGGUUUAAUUAGAAAUGCUAGUUUAAAAGAAUUAUAUCUUCGUUGUAUUAAUAUGUCUUUUCCAGGAAUUUUUGCUUUAUCCAGUUUUCUUAGUGAAUCAAAAUGUUUAAAAUAUUUGGAUAUACGUAAUAAUAAUUUAGAUAUAGCUUCAUUAAUGGCUUUAUCAAAAACUUUAUCAAUUAAUAAAACAUUAACCAGUCUAAUUUCUGAUGCACAAAAUUGGAUGAACUCUCAACUAGAUUUAUCUAGUAAAGAUAAAGAUUUAAUUCGUUCUCUCAUUGAAAGUAUCAAUUCAAAUUUGAUAAGAAAUCGUUUACAAACCGAAGUAGUUGAUGAUAACAAUAAUAAUAAUAAUAAUAGUAAUCAUAAUGACGAUGUUUCAAUGAUGAAUCCUGUCACAACAAUACCAGCUGAUGUUGAAAAUGAGACGAAUUCACUGAUACAAUGUAAUGAUCAUAAUUCCCUGACUAAUUCGACUAUAAACAAUGAUGAAUUGUCAUCAUUAUGCGAUGCAACCUUAGAGACAACAUCAGUCACACUGGAUUAUGAAUAUGAGGAUAAUGUUAAUCUCCCAUUGAAGACAACAACACUUGAGAAACGUGAUACUGAUCACGAUAAUGAUGAUGAUGAUGAUGAUGAUGAUGUUAACGUUGAAGAUGUGAAGAAUGUCAAUGUGGCAACAAACCUUACUGAUUCUAUUCAUGAACAACUAUUCACCGAAUAUGUAUUGGAUAGUGAAAUCAAUAAUAAUAAUAAUAAUAAUAAUAAUAAUAAUAAUAAUAAUAGUGACGAGAAUUACGCAACCAUCGAUCAACAUAAUAACAAAGAAGCGAAUGUGACAAGAGUAGACGAAGAAGUAGACGACCAUUCGGAACAAUCCUCUUCUAUACCACAAAAUAUAUCUAAUUUAAUUGCACCCAGUGAAAAUCUCUCUGCAUGUUCAACAAAUUCAUUACUACACAAUAUAAAUAUAUCAUCGAUGAUUAACGAUGAAUCAAAUGUAACACAAUCACCAUCUGUCGUCACUACUACUACUACUACUAAUAAUAAUAAUAUAAAUCAUGAUACAACUAAUAAAAAAUCUGUUGUCAAACAGAAAUCAAAGAAAUCUAAACGAACUCCCCCUCAUGGUAAUAAAAAUACCCCGUCAUCAAAAACCAAUACCAAUGGUGUUUAA